AUGGGAGGAGGAGAGCUACCUGGGCUUUUGGUCAAUUAAAUUGGUGGCAUACGUGGGAUACUGCCUGGCCACGUGGCAUUCCUGAAGAAACAUUUCAACCUCAUCACCAUGAAGGAAUUUCUUGAAAACAGAAAGCAUCUGAGUGAAAAGGUCCAAGCGAUCUAUUUGUGGUGGCACAAACCAGUCAUUGACCAAGACCUCCUCCAGAGCCUGCCAAACUUGAAAGUGAUUGCGAAUUCAGGAGUAGGGAUGGAUCACCUGGAUCUGAAACUUGUAGCUAGCUUUGGUGUGAAGAUGGCUAAUGCUCCACGUGCUGUUUCCAGCAGCACAGCAGAUACUGGGAUGGCUUUGCUGCUGGCAUCUGCUAGAAGACUAGUGGAAGGCUAUCACAUUGCAAUUUCUUCAGGCACAGAGUACUGUGAAGCUGAUUUUCUGGGAGUUGAAGUAAGUUACGGAGCUACUCUGGGCAUCAUUGACAUGGGCAGCAUUGGGUAUAAGAUUGCUCUGAGAGCCAAAGCGUUUGAAAUGAACAUCUUGUACCACAACAGGACACGGAGGAAAGAGCAAGAGGAGCGCGCUGUUGGUGCCACUUACUGCAAAAAGAUAGACAACUUGCUGCAGCAGGCAGAUUUUGUGAUGGUGGUGGUCAGCCUGACACCUCAGACACACAAGCUGAUUGGGAAGAGAGAGAUGGAGCUGAUGAAACCCACAGCUACUCUUGUUAACAUCAGCUGAGGUGCAGUAGUUGACCAAGAGGCACUGGUGACCGCUCUGCAGACUGGUGUUAUCAGGGCCGCAGCGUUGGAUGUCACCUACGCGGAACCACUGCCCAGAGAUCAUCCAUUGUUAAAAUUAAAAAACGUCAUUAUAACGCCUCACCUCGGCAUUAAAACAGACAAGGCCACCUACAUGAUAACAGAGGAAGCAGUUGAGAACAUACUAGCAGCUCUUAAUGGUCUCCCCAUACCCAGUGAAGUGCUCCCUAGCUGA